AUGUUUGCACUGCCUUCGUUAGGCUGGACAUCGACUUCCAAGGUCGCUAAAGGAGCUUCAAGGUUUGACAGUAAGGUUGAUGUAGGCAACCCCAAUCCCGCCGUUGCGUUUGAUGAAACAAAGAAUCAGCCUACAAGACAGCCAAAGAAGACCAACGAUAUGGAUCUUGCUCUCAGACAUGCAAUGACGACAUCGCAGAUAUCCAAAAAAGUCUUGGCAUCCAUGUCUGCACUAUCCACUGCUGCCAAAUCUGAAUCAUCAUCGCUGAGGAAUGAAUAUACAGAAUGUUCGAGUCUUAUGUCCGGUUCAAUGCAUUCCACUCCAAUAUCAUUGGCGUUGCUCAGCUAUCGUACACAGCGACCCAAGUUCAUGACAUUCUCCAAUGCAGACAUAAGUGUCUUGGCUCAGGCUGCAUCAGAGGCUCUGGCACAACAGUUUACCUUGGAUCCAAUCGACGUUUCUCCUUCAUCAUCCUAUGUGCACAUGGCUACAAGGUUUUCUGCUGCAAGUUCUUCAAACGAGUCCAUACCGUUUACUACAAUGACUAAUCUAACCAGCAGUCCUAGCUCUCAAUCGAGUGAAUCGGUCGCUGCUGUCGGCAAAGACAGCUUGUAUAAAUAUCCCAUUACAAGUGAUGAGGUCAACACUUAUACCCACGGAGCAGCCUCUAUUGCAUGCGCUGCUUCUCAUCAGAUGCAAUCGUCUGCUGCACCUGGCACAGAGAGUCUUUCAAAAAUGCAGUGCAUGUCGCAACUCUUUCCGUCUCAUCCAUCCGACACUACUCUUUUGGCUUUGCCUGUUCAGUCCGAGCCAGAUGAUGCAGAGCCUAUCAUCCCUCCAUUGCCCUCUCUGCCGUCUUUUUUUCCUGCCAUGUCUUUCCCGUCACCAUCCGAACCACGAAAACGUCCAUCGAAACUUCGUUCUUUUUUCAAGACUCGGUCCAACUCGAUCAAGUCGUCCAAUCUUGAUUCUACAGUCGCGCAGAGCAACACUCCAAACCUGUUUCAGCCAGCAACCAGCAACAUCGGAUCCAGUACAUCCAGUGGUUCUGUUUCUACCAUCACUAGUCGCCAUAGCACCAGCACAUGCUCAAAUAUAACUCUUUCUCAAAGUAUUAAACGUUCGCUUCGUACUGCCGCUGCAAUCGCAUGGGAAGAGACUCAUAUGACAGCAUCUCGUUUACUACGUGAUCCUACAGAUGUCAGCAUCAAGAGUAUUUCCCGUGAAGGACUGUCUGUCAUGCUUCUGAGUUGUCUUCCACUCUGCUACUUUAUCACCCAUUUGCUGCAAGAACAGUCGAUUGAAAAUCUGUUUUUUUUAUUGGAUGUCGAGCUAUUUCGACAUCACUCGUAUGCUACACCAGAAGAGUGUUCACAAGCUGCACAGGACAUGUAUGCCAUUUACUUUGCUCCAAAUGCGUCGUUUGAACUCAAUGUGUCUCACAAAAUUCGCAAAAAAGUCUUGCAUGUCAUCCAGUCUGGAAGUAUCGAGUGCUACCGGGAUGCAUUUGAUCAUGUUGCUGGACUACUCAAUGACGCAUUCAGUAGAUUUUGUCAAAGUCCGCGAUGGAAACUCAUGUGUAACAAUCUAGGUCAACAAACGGUUUUGCAUGAUGCCACCACAGUUGAAGAUGCAUUAUCUCACAUCAAGACCUAUUUGCCUCAAACUAUAUCGGCAGAUAAAGAUCGUGUACUUCAUGUAUUGACCACCCUUGCACGACUGGAUAUACUGCUUGACGAACGUCUAACCAGGUUCCUUUACUGCGAAGACUUUGAAGAAACUGUGUAA